GCUCGAUACGGAAGUCUCUCGGCCAACUCCUGUCACGUGGGAGAAGGUUCUACGCAUUGCUAGCAUUCAGGAGGCAUGGCACUCUGGCGGGCAUACCAGAGGGCCCUGGCUGCACAUCCGUGGAAAGUCCAGGUUCUGACAGCUGGGUCACUGAUGGGCCUAGGUGACAUUAUCUCACAGCAACUGGUGGAGAGGCGGGGUCUCCAGGAACACCAGACAGGCCGGACCCUGACCAUGGUGUCCAUGGGCUGUGGCUUUGUGGGCCCUGUAGUCGGAGGCUGGUAUAGGGUUUUGGACCGCCUUAUCCCCGGCACCACCAAGGUGGACGCACUGAAGAAGAUGUUGUUAGAUCAGGGGGCCUUCGCCCCAUGUUUUCUAGGCUGUUUCCUCCCCCUGGUAGGGGUACUCAACGGAAUGCCAGCCCAGGACAACUGGGCCAAACUGAAGCGGGAUUACCCUGACGCUCUCAUCACCAACUACUACCUCUGGCCUGCUGUGCAGUUAGCCAACUUCUACCUGGUCCCCCUGCACUACAGGACUUCAGCCAGCUCCCUGUGUCCUGGCCGGGCCUCCUCAGGGUCUCCAGCAUUUCAUUGAAAACCUUUGAUCCUUUACAGAGACCAUCUUAGAGUGCCCCUGGCUGACCUGUCAGCUCCCCUGGAAGGCUUUGGCUCCCACAAACCUUUUUCCAUCCCCCUGAGUUCCAGGUUUGGUGGCUCGUAUGCAGGAACAGUACUUGGCUGUGGGACACGGAGGCCUAAGUUAGACAGAAAGGUACAGUCAAAGGCUAAGCAGGAGCCUUAUCUGGUCAGUUUGCCUUGGAGAUUGUUUUGUCCCAGUAAUAAAGCUUGUUGCUGAGCUGUAAUUAAAAAAAAAAAAAAAAAAAGCCAGGUGGUAGUGGCUCACGCCU